AAUUUGAAGAAGUUUAAGUCAUUUACGUCGUAAGGUUUCGUCUGGGCCACAUGGGAUUAGAUACGGCUUGUCUAAAGACACGUUCAGUUAACUAGCUAACGGCCAGCUAACUAUCAAACGUUAAGUAAAUUUGAAAAUAUAUUGAAAGCAGCCAUUGGUACAACCGUUUAAGUGUUGUCCUUUCAUUCAGCAGAUAGUACUCAUAGCGUUUUUAGAACUGGUUGUCUUGCUCAACGAUCAGGAAUGUCAACUGGGAGCGACAGCGGAGUUAGACUCAACAAGUUCAAAAACAAAGGAAAAGAUACCAAUGAGCAAAGACGUAGGAGAGCGGAAGUCAACGUGGAGCUGCGUAAAGCAAAGAAAGAUGAUCAUAUCCUAAAGAAGAGAAACAUUCAGAACUUUCUGGACGAGCCGACCACCCCUCUUCAAGAGAAAGAUCCUAACGGACAGCCUCCUCAUCACUGGUCUGUGGAGGAAAUCGUAGAACAUGUGAAUAGCCAGAAUCUAGACAUUCAACUACAGGCAACACAGACUGCUAGAAAGCUUCUCUCCAGAGAAAAGCAGCCCCCAGUUGAUAGCAUCAUUGCUGCUGGCCUCAUCCCGAGGUUUGUUAGUUUCCUGGCGUUGUUUGAAUGCCCUGCCAUCCAGUUUGAGGCAGCUUGGGCCCUGACCAACAUCGCUUCAGGUACCUCAGACCAGACCACUGCUGUAGUAGAAGGAGGGGCCAUUCCAGCUUUCAUCAGACUGGUGACAUCACCCCACCAGCACAUCAGUGAGCAAGCCAUUUGGGCCCUGGGUAACAUUGCAGGCGAUGGACCAAAUUUCAGAGACUUGGUGAUUAAUGAUGGUGGACUUAAGCCACUCCUGGCCUUGGUGGAGACGUCUGACCUAUCUACAUUUCCUCCUGGCUACCUGCGCAAUGUCACCUGGACACUCUCCAACCUCUGUCGGAACAAGAAUCCUCCCCCUCCCUUGUCGGCAGUGCAUUACCUGCUUCCUGCACUGGUUCGGCUCCUGCACCAUGAUGACAGGGACGUUCAGGCUGACACCUGCUGGGCUGUGUCCUAUCUGACUGAUGGCUCUAAUGAAAGGAUAGAGGUGGUGGUGCAUGCUGGCCUGGUGCCUCAGCUUGUGCAGCUUCUUGCCUGUGGGGAGCUCUCCAUUGUGACUCCCACUCUAAGAUCACUUGGCAACAUUGUGACUGGAACUGAUGAGCAGACCCAGUGUGUGCUGAAUGCAGGUGCCCUGGCAAUGUUCCCCAGCCUCCUGCGCCACCACAAGCCCCACAUCCAAAGAGAGGCAGCCUGGGCUGUGUCCAACAUCACUGCUGGCAAAGAUGCCCAGAUUCAGGAAGUUAUUAAUGCGGACCUGAUACCCAUCCUGGUAGAGAUCCUUCACCAGGGAGAUUACAAGACUCAGAAGGAGGCAGUGUGGGCUGUGACCAAUUAUACCAGUGGUGGAACAGUGGAUCAAGUGGCUUACCUGGUCCAUUGCAAUGUGCUGGACCCUCUGCUCAAAUUACUGACAGUUAAAGACAGCAAAAUGAUUCUGGUCAUUCUGGAUGCCAUCUGCAAUAUUUUACAGAUGGCUCAAAACACUGGUGAAAUUGAGAAAGUGUGCCUGAUGAUUGAGGAGUUGGGUGGUUUGGACAAGAUUGAAGCUUUGCAGUCUCAUGAUAAUGAAGCAGUCUACAAGUCUUCCCUCAACAUAAUAGAUCGAUUCUUUUCUGAAGAGAAUGAAGAAGGGUCUCUGGUUCCAGAGGCUGACGCAGACUGCUAUGCCUUCCAUAUCCCUGAGGACCAAAGCACUUUCCAGUUUUAAUGUGGACAUUUGUCUUUGUAACUUAAAAAAAACAAAAAAAAAAACAAAAAAACAAAACAAAAACUUAUGUUUCUUGUUUGUAUUUUCUAGACAUUUCAACUUUGUA